GGGUUGAAUUUGAGGUAAUUGGAAGCGAAAUUAGGGUUUUCUUUUGGGAGAGAUAUCAAUGAGUGUGUCGUUGGGAAUUCCGAUGUUCGAGGUGAUUUCGGUGGUCGGUUCGCGAUAAUCUCGGAUUUUCGCUUCGGUGGACGUUGUGGGUCUGCUUUGGGAUUCGAGAUUUUAUCUAUUCUUAAAAUUUCUGGGAAGGAUUUAAGGUUUUGAAGAAAUUGGGGAUUCUCUUCUGGAACAAAUCUCUUCAUAGUUGUGUCGAAAUUGAGGUUUCAAAUGCGGGGUCGGUGAGGAUUAUGCUCCUUUUUCGAUGAAAUCCUCGGUGGGUUUUCAGAAUUCAGAUUCAGUUUCGCAGACUUGAGUGGCAGUUUUCGAGAUUAUCCUAGGUUUUUCCGAGGAUUGAGGUGUGAAAAUCGGUGAAAAUUCUCCAUUUGGGUUUGAUCAGAAAAGGUUUGAAUUUCAAAGCUUUUUGCAGUGUUUUAACGAACCUUUAUCUGGGCUUGAAUUUUCCGCCGUUGAUUGAUUGUGAAAUCUGUGGUGGAAAGAGGGUUUGUGGAGUUUUUGGGAAGAUAAGAUGAGUUCUACCGUCACAGAAAGUCUGGUCCAUCAUGGGAAGCUUCUUGUUCACAUAGCCGAAAAUGGGCACUCUUUUGAGCUUAGUUGUGAUGAGACCACACUUGUCGAAGGUGUUAUGAGGCUAAUUGAAUCCGUUUCUGGGAUUAAUCUAAGUGCCCAGCUUGUGCUUUGUUUGGACUUGAAACUUGAGCCACAAAGGCCUCUCUCUGCUUACAAGCUUCCGUCGGAUGACCGCGAAGUGUUUAUAUUCAACAAAGCCAGGCUUCAAAGCAAUUCGCAGCCUCCCCCGCCAGAGCAAAUCGAUGUUAAUGAGAUUCCUGAGCCUAAGUCGCCGUCCUCUUCGCACGAUCCUCACCCGUUGGAUGAUGCUUUGGACCCUGCUUUGAAGGCCUUACCUUCCUACGAGAGACAGUUUCGGUACCAUUGUCAUAAGGGGCAUGUGAUUUAUACCCGUACGCAAACGAAGUAUGAGGUCUGUGAGAGGCUCUUGAGAGAGCUCAAGGUUCAGGAGAGGGCGGUGGAGGUUGCGUCGGGGAAUUUGGAUCAGUACUACAAGAUGAUUGCCCAAAACUGCAGGGAGUUCUUGAAGCGGUUUUCGCAGCAGCAUAGGAUGCACUACGAUCUUUUGACGAACUUUGGGAGGGAUAUUGAGAGGCUUAGGAACAUUAAGAUACACCCCACUUUGCAAGCCGCCUCGCGCAGGUGCUUGUUGGAUUUUGUGAAGGAAGAGAGCUUGAGGAAGUCCGCGGAGAAUUGUAGCAGUUCUCAUAGGCAGUUUGAGAAUAAGGUUACACAGUUUAAGAAUAUGUUUUCUGAGGUGGCUCGUAAGGUGGAGGAGGUUUUCUCUAGCAGGGCUUCCCUGCCUAUUAGGAAUUUGGAACAGAUGAUCAAGGAUCACCAGCGGUUUAUCAAUGAACAGAAGAGUAUAAUGCAGUCUCUGAGCAAAGACGUCGGCACGGUGAAGAAACUAGUAGAUGAUUGUUUGUCUUGUCAAUUGUCUUCGUCACUUCGUCCUCAUGAUGCAGUUUCAGCCUUGGGUCCUAUGUAUGAUGUCCAUGACAAAAAUCACUUGCCUAAAAUGGAGGCUUGUGAACGUGCGAUUUCAAAACUUUUGGAAUAUUGCAAGGAUAAGAAGAAUGAAAUGAACAUGUUUGUGCACAAUUACAUGCAAAAGAUAACAUAUGUUUCUUACACUAUCAAAGAUGCGAAGUUGCAGUUUCCUGUUUUCAGAGAGGCAAUGGUGCGUCAGGAAGAUCUAUUUGUGGACUUGAAGUUUGUUCGUGGGAUUGGCCCUGCAUAUAGAGCCUGCCUUGCAGAGGUAGUGAGAAGAAAGGCCAACAUGAAGCUUUACAUGGGAAUGGCUGGACAGUUGGCUGAAAGGCUUGCAACAAAAAGAGAGCUCGAGGUCAGGAGACGGGAAGAGUUUCUGAAAAAGCAUGGUUCAUAUGUACCUAAGGAUGUAUUAGCAUCUAUGGGAUUAUACGAUACCCCAAAUCAGUGCGAUGUUAAUAUAGCUCCUUUUGACACUGGUUUACUUGACAUUGACCUUGACGAUGUGGAUCGCUAUGCUCCUGAGUACCUCGCAGGAUUUCCAUCUAAGGUGGAGAAGCAGGGAAGCUUCAAAGGUUCCUUUUCUACGUCUAAUGACAGUUGUCACUCUGUCGAAGCUGAAGACAGUGGUACAGAUGUGCUUGAGAGAUGCGAUUCUGAGGAGCUACUCGAAGGCUCUGAGUUGAUAGAGAUUGCUGGGACUAGUAAGAUGGAAGUUGAGAAUGCGAAGUUGAAAGCUGAACUCGCUUCCAAAAUAGCACUCAUUUGUUCUCUGUGCCUUGAUAUCGAAUAUGAAUCAUUGGAUGACAGUAAGUUGGAUAGUUUGUUAAAGAACACUGCAGAGAAGACCGCUGAAGCCUUGCAUAUGAAAGAAGAAUAUGAACGGCAUCUGCAAUCUAUGCUUAAGAUGAAGCAGAUGCAGUGUGAGUCGUAUGAGAAACGCAUUAAAGAAUUAGAACAGAGAUUGUCUGAUCAGUACUUUGAAGGCCAGAAGAUUUGUGAUAACAGGGAUGUCUCGGACUUUGGCAGUUUGGCUGCAAAGGAUGGUGAUUACAAGUCACAAACCUCGUGUGGUGGAGAAGCUCGUAUGCCUUGCAUAUCAACAAGUGAACCAAUGGAUGAGGUUUCUUGCAUCUCAAAUUCAUUAGAAUCCAAGUUGGGGCUUUUCACGGGGCAACCUGGUAAAGUGAGAGAUGGGUUGGAUGAGAACAUGAUGGAUUCAUCUGGGGUACAAAAUCCUCAAUUGGAUUCUUCAAUGAUGGAGCCACAUCGUGACAGCGACAAAGAUGGGAAAGACAAGAUGAUCGGGCAGUUGGGCAUGUCACUGACUAGUAGUUCUACUGCUGAGAGCAUGCCCGGUUCAAGUGUUUUACCUUGUGAGGUGGCAGUUGAUCCUGGCUUGGACUCAAAAGUUAGUGGUAAUCUUUUGUUGGAAUUGCAAAAUACACUUGCAGAGAAGUCAAACCAGUUGAAUGAAACUGAAACAAAGCUUAAAGCUGCUAUGGAUGAGGUCGCAAUGCUUAAGAGGGAACUGGAAACUAAUAGGAAGCUUCUUGAUGAAUCACAGAUGAAUUGUGCUCACUUGGAAAACUGCUUGCAUGAAGCACGAGAGGAAGCUCACACCCAUCUUUGUGCAGCUGAUCGAAGAGCUUCUGAGUACAGUACACUGCGUGCAUCUGCGGUCAAGAUGCGUGGCCUCUUUGAGAGACUAAAAAGCUCGGUAUGUGCUCCAGGCGGCGUUGCUGUGUUUGCUGAUGCUUUACGAGCAUUAUCACAAUCUUUGUCCAAUUCCAUCAACGAAAAUGAAGAUGAAGGUAUUGUGGAGUUCCGUAAAUGCAUCAGAGUCCUUGCAGACAAAGUUACUUUCUUGUCCAGGAAUCGCGAUGAGCUCCUUGAAAAGUACCCAAAGGUUGAAGUUGCAAAUGAACAACUUAGAAAGGAAUUGGAAGAAAAGCAAGAGCUGGUCAAAACCCUGUAUGCCAAGCAUCAACUUGAGAAGCAGGCCAACAAGGAAAAGAUUUCUUUUGGCCGCCUUGAAGUCCAUGAGAUUGCUGCCUUUGUUCUUAAUGCAUGCGGGAAUUACGAGGCAAUCAACAGAAACUGCUCGAACUACUACCUUUCAGCUGAAUCUGUGGCCUUGUUCACAGACCACCUCUCCAGCAGACCUAACUACAUUGUUGGACAGAUUGUACAUAUCGAACGCCAGACUGUGAAGCCACUGUCUUCGGCUCCGGUUCCGUCUGGUCCUGAGCAUAACCCUGCAUCUGACACGGGGACCGAUCGGUUGACCUUGAAUUCAGGAUCAACUUCUUCGAAUCCAUACGGUCUCCCCAUUGGUUGUGAAUACUUCGUAGUGACAGUAGCCAUGUUACCUGAUACAGCCAUUCAUUCACCACCACCAACUUCUUCCUGAUCCCUGCCUCACAGACAGAUUGACGUGAUGGAAGAAUUCCAAGUGUAGAUAUUAUAAAUAUAAUAUAACUUUCAAAAAAGUUUUAAAAUCUUUCGGGUGGGAAUUGGAACUCUUUUAUUUCCAUUCUGUACAGCUGCUGAUGAUUCAAUAGUCUUUUUAAUCUCCUAACCCUUGUAUAUACCGCUUCUCUUCUUUAUGAAUAUGUAUAAAAACUGUGAAUAUUAUCCAGCUUUUAAUCUUUUA